AUGAUUUUUUGUCUGUUCGUCUUUACCGAUACCGAUCGAAGUAGAAGCAUUCGUUCCGACCUUGGACCAGUCCGCACGCACCUGAACGAACGACUGCAAGAUGCGCUGAUGCCGAACGAGCGUGAGUCGUUGGAUGACUGCCACUUCCGGCACUACAGCCAAGGAGGCAGUAUUCCGAUAGCACCUGCGUUCGGCGUACCAGCGUAUUUUCGAGAGUUUGCCCACCUGGGAGCGAUCGGAUGGCGGCAGAAUGAUGGCAGCAUCCUGUGGAACUGUGGCGGAUCGUUGAUCUGGGAGAACUACGUGCUUACCGCAGCCCAUUGCGCCAAAGACUUUGAAAACAAGGCCCCGGAUGUGGUCCGUUUCGGAGACAUUGAUCUGUACAACGAUACCGACGAUGCGUACACGCAACAGUUCAACAUAGCGGAGGUCAUCCGUCAUCCGCAGCAUAGGUACAAUGCCAGGUACCACGACAUAGCGCUGCUGAAGUUGGAGAGGCACAUUACGCUAAACGAGACCGUUGCACCGGCAUGUCUAUGGGAUGAGGAGGAACUACGCUUUCCUACGUUACAGGCGGCCGGUUGGGGAGCUACCGGGUUCGGAAGCUCACAAACGCCAGUGCUGUUGAAAGUAUCACUAGCGCCAGUGGACAAAAAACACUGCAAUCAGUUCUAUCGAGCUGGUUCUCGUGGCUUGAAGGAAGGUCUGCAACCGUACCACCUGUGCGCGGGCGACGUGAAAAUGGACACUUGUCCGGGAGAUUCUGGGGGACCACUGGAAGUGAAGCUUCUGCACAACACCAAAGUAACACCGUUCAUUGUGGCGGUUACGUCGUUCGGUAGUGUCUGUGGUCAGUCGAUGCCUGGGGUCUAUACAAAGGUGGCCGGCUACAUUCCUUGGAUACGGUCCGUUUUGGAGGCCGGAGGAGAAGAAGCUCCGGAGUGGAAAUUUAAGCCCUAUGCUUGUGCGGUCCGAUACGUCACCCUGCGGGAGUACGAACCGAACGUGGUGGUCUCGAAGGGCGAACUGACUGUUUCGUUGGACCUGAAAAAUACAUACUUGGAGGACGAAGGGUCCCCGGAGACGGUUUCUUUCAGGUGGGAUAAGGGCACCGAGGGUGCCGAUAAUUGCUACGGGGUAUUGAUAGAAAGCGACACCGUUCUUACUCUUGCUCAGUGUACUGCUUUCAAAGGCAAACCGCCGACGCACGUCAUCAACGAGGAACGAAACAAAACGAUGAACAUCGCACAUACCUUUAACCAUCCAGACUACCGGCCAGGAUCACUGUACAACAACAUCGCCAUCGUGAAGCUGAGCGGUCACUUCUUCUUCCGUGGUUCGUUUCUUCCGGCUUGCUUGUGGCGUUACCACGAACUACCAGACGAUCGAUUUGAAGUAACUGGCAGAGGACGCCGAGAUCUCAACGCACUUUAUGAAUCAAAAACAGCGAUUAUAGACGCCGAGCAAACGAUGGUACAGUCAAAAGCAGAUCAGCACCGUGGUGUCAAUUGCUCGCUGCCCGAAAAGUAUUUACAACGAUUACGUAACGGCUUAAGCGAGGAGCACCUGUGCUACGGCAACAUACCGUUUUUGGUGCCAGAAACCUGCGACCUAUUGUACGGCGGGCCCGUGCAGCGACGGGUGGUGCGCUUGGACAAGUACUUCCAGCACGUGUACGCCCUGAACCUGCUCGGUCGUGACUGUGGCUACGGUCAGUCGGCUGUUGGCGUGCGCAUUUCGAGCCAUUUCGAGUGGCUAAGCAAAAUGCUGCUAACCAAUCGACCCAGGGAUUCCAGUUCGAUUCUUUUCUACAAUAUCGAUUUGUCGGUGCGAGAUCACUGUCGACUGCCGGCAGGAGGAUCUGGAGUGUGCGUCGAUGUGCGCAGGUGCCCCAAGGUGAAGUACGACUUUGAAGUUCAUCGUGAAGUUACGGUCUGUGGCAAAUCACCGAUCGUUUGCUGUCCGUACCAUAACGUGCUGAAAGUCACCGAGCGAUCGGCCGCGAGCAGAGAAUUGGACGAAUGUGAAGCCCGCUACAAAGCGGUACACCGAAAGCGCCAUCUAUACUACGACCAGCUCGAAGCGGAUAAAAGAGACGUCGAUCAGUUUCCUCAUGUGGUAGGGCUGCAGUUUGCAACUCGUUCACAUCUGAUUAAUAUUUGCCUUCUUUGAUCGGGUUUCAACUUGUUGCAGGUUUAUAUUGCCUGGCAAUCGUACCACGGAUUGUUUUCCCAUUGCGCCGGGACGCUGAUCACCAAAAGUGUGGUUCUCUCGACUGCCAGCUGUCUUAAACGUUGCCAGUCUAAGCGAGUUGUUGUGAAGUUGGGCUUCAGCGACACGGCUCCCAAACUGUGGAUCAAAGAAAUCACUCUACAUCCUCAGUUCGAGCCCAGCACUUUGCGGAAUGAUAUCGCUAUUGCAAAGAUAGCCGGAGAAGUCC